CCUUUCCCCGGCUGCUGGGGCAGGAUCCGGCCUUUGCACCUGUGCAGCAGCAGGACAGAGAGCAGCCUCUCUUCACGGCAAGUGAACAAAGGGAUCUUUUCACAGAUGGAAGCGACUCAAUAGAAGGGGCAGGAGAUGGAAGAGCAGGACCCAGAAGGACCUGGAACUGGCAAGACGGCAAGCAAAGGCCCCUUUCUCCUCCACGCUGGGAAUGGUGUUGAAUUCUGGGAAAGGGCUGGGACAGAGAUUCCACCUAAAGACACCGUGACCUCAGAUGUACAUUGUCAACAGUUCCAGCAGUUCCUCUACCAUGAGUCCGAUGGACCUCGAGAGGUUUGCAGCCAGCUCCAUGGACUUUGCAGCCAGUGGCUGAAGCCGGAGAGGCACACCAAGAAGCAGAUCCUGGACCUGGUGAUCCUGGAGCAGUUCCUGACUCUCCUGCCCCAGGAAAUGCAGGGCUGGGUCAGAGGAUGUGGGCCGGAGACCAGUUCCCAGGCGGUGGCCCUGGCCGAAGGUUUCCUCCUGAGUCAGGCAGAGGAGAAGAGGCAGGCAGGACAGGUGAGGGGAUUCUCUCCUAUGUGGGCCCCAUCCAGGAAGAAGGAAGCUGCAUUCCCUGAGGCGGAAGGAGCUUCCUUGGAGCAAGGGCAGAGGGCGCAGGCUGUGGAGCGUGUCCAAGAUGCUCUUUCCCUUUCCUGUGGCAGUGAAGAGAUGCUGUUGAAUCGUUGUCUUUUCAGAAGUGUGGAAACGGCUGCUGCGUCUACAGCCAAGGCUACUCCCUUCCAGUGUGCAGUCUCUGCCUGGCGUGACCUCUGA